AUGAAAGUCGCGUCCUCAGUCCAGUCAGCGCAGCGCUGAUGUCCGCGAACAGCAGCGCCGGUGCAAAUCCUGCAUACUCGAGCUCCAUCCAUGGCGGGGCCCACCGACGGACGUGGUGGGCCCCAUCAACGGUGGAGAUCUCCCGCGGACUACGAAAACCCAACGCCUCCCUCUAAUUUCUUCUCGAAUUUCAAAAAAAUUCCGGUGGGUGAUCGAACUCCCAGCAGCCGCUCCCCGCUCCCUCUCUUUGACCCUUUCUCCAUAACUACCCCUCGUUUUUUAAAUAAUUCCCUCCCAUAUACAAAUCAUGCCCUUUUCCCCAUCUCCAUUUUCUCUUCGUCGUUCUUCUCUGCCUGCUAGGAACAGUUUGCGGACUCGAUUUUCUAACUAAUUACGAUUCUGCCACUCUCCUGUCUAUGCAAAUACCAUGAAGUGCUUUCAUUUCCCUAAGGAAGAUGAAGACGGCAGCGUUUCGAGGAUUUCUAGGGUUUCUUGGGUCCGAUCUCUCAGCGUCGCUUCCAGCAGCGCCGACGCCCGUCGAUCUGAGUAUGAGUCGGAGUCGAAGGAUUUCUCGGACGCCGGCGUAGUCGGCGGGUCGGGCGACUUCUUCUCGAUGCGGCGGUCGAACGAUCUCCGCGUGUUCGGGUUCGCUGAGCUGCGGUCGGCCACCCGCGGGUUCAGCCGCGCCCUAAUGAUCGGUGAGGGUGGGUUUGGUUCUGUCUACCGCGCAGCUGUCACAAUCCCCGAGGUGGACGGCCCGGAUGCCACGAUCGAAGUCGCGGUGAAGCAGCUGAAUCGUCAUGGUUUGCAGGGGCACAAGGAAUGGAUUACAGAAGUGAACUUUUUGGGUGUAGUCAAGCAUCCAAAUCUUGUCAAGUUAGUGGGCUACUGUGCUGAAGAUGAUGAGAGAGGAAUUCAACGGCUUUUGGUAUAUGAACUUAUGCCCAAUAAGAGCCUGGAGGACCACCUAUUGGCUCGAGUACCAUCAUCACCUCUCUCUUGGGCGAUGAGAUUAAAAAUUGCCCAAGAUGCAGCCCGUGGUUUAGCAUACCUCCAUGAGGAAAUGGAUUUCCAGUUGAUUUUUCGUGAUUUUAAGACGUCAAAUAUUCUGUUAGAUAAAGACUUCAAUGCAAAGCUCUCAGAUUUUGGGCUGGCCAGGCAGGGACCAGCUGAGGGACUUGGUCAUGUUUCAACGUCGGUCAUGGGUACUGUAGGCUAUGCAGCUCCUGAGUACAUUCACACAGGCAGACUGACUGCUAAGAGCGAUGUGUGGAGUUUCGGUGUUGUUCUCUAUGAGCUCAUCACAGGCAGGCGGUCAGUGGACCGCAACCUCCCAAAAAGUGAGCAGAAGCUCUUGGACUGGGUGAAACCCUACAUAUCAGACUCCAGGAAGUUCUACAUUAUUGUAGAUCCAAGGCUUGAAAGUCAGUACUGUGUAAAAUCCGCCCAGAAGCUAGCCGCCCUGGCCAACAGAUGCCUGAUGAAGCAACCCAAGUCCCGCCCAAAGAUGAGUGAGGUGGUUGAGGCGCUGGGCCAGAUCAUCGACGCAUUGUAUGGAGGGAGCCAGCAGGCCACUAAUGAAGUCCAGGAUGUGAAGGGAGAUGCUAUGGGGCCCACAGAAACUGUGAAAGAAGGGGGUAAUUAUCUGAAGAGAGUGUUUGAUUUAAGAGAAAUGGUAAGCCUAAGAAGCAAAACCAGGGGGAAGUUGGAUUGGAGAUCCUGGACACCAGGAUUGGUGGGGACAUGGUGAGAAGCUCAGGAGGGAAGAGAUUGACAGAUACAUCGCCCCCUUUUUUUUCUGGCAAUUUCAAAUAUAUACUUGAAAUGCUGAGUUUAAGCGGGAGGAGGUCGUAUAUAAUGCUCUACUGGAUUAACGGGCAUUAUUUAAUUUGGCCAGCGACCAUACAGACCAGCCCAUGUUUCUGUGAUUCGGGUCGUUCAUCUGGUGGGCCCAUCAUGAAUGGGUUGUUCUCUGAUUGGAAGUUCUUACCAACACAAUCAUCCGAAUUUCUUUUUCAUUAGUGAAUUCGGAGUCUUGGAUAAAGCAUAAUAUUGCUGGUUGUUUAAUAUGGUUAAGAUCAUCCGAUGAAGGAGAUAUGUGUCAUGGCUCAUUCAUAAUGGGGCCUGCUAGAUGAAUGUCACAGAUCACCCUGAGGUGGUCCAAAAAAAAAAAAACAUUUCGUUUCAUCUAGCACCAUAUAAUACCUCCUUAACUAUUAUAUGUUAGUUUUCAGGGGCACUUUUUAUGGACUGGCAUAUGUUUGCCAUUGGUAGAGGUAAUCUGUCUUUCGUAUGUAUUGAGAAAAAUUGAAGUGAUUGGUGAUGUGCGAUUUUUUAUUUGUGAUCUCUUUCUGUUUUGCAUUCCAAAUUUUUGUAAAUAUAGGCUGGGAAAUGCUGGAUAAUUGGAGCAUGUAUGCUACAGCUAUGUAAUAUUAUUAUUAUUUUUCCUCA